AUGACGUCCACCAUCAGCGACGCGAUCAAGAAAGAUCAUCGAGAGAUAGAGUCGUAUUACGAAAAUAUCAUCAAUACCUCAGAUGAGACCGAGCAGACGAGAUGGCAGAACCAGUUUACAUGGGAACUGGCACGGCACUCUAUUGGAGAGGAGCUUGUCGUGUAUCCGGCCUUUGAGAAGUACGUAUCAGGCGGCGUGGACCUAGCCAACAAAGAUCGCCAAGAGCAUCAAUCGGUCAAAGAGCAACUGAAGAAGUUCCAGAAUUUGAAGCCUUCAGAUUCUCAAUUCACUCCUACCCUCAAGGCUCUGAUGAAUGAUCUGUCUCAGCAUAUCAAGGAAGAAGAGACGGACGACUUGCCGAAGCUGGAAGAAGUUGUCUCACAAGAGGACAGUGAGAAAUACGCAACGUCUUUUGGAAGAACAAAGAUGUUCGUCCCAUCUCGUUCUCAUCCCAGCGCCCCAGACAAGCCACCGUACGAGACGGUUGUUGGCCUUUUGGCAGCACCGAUUGACCAUCUUUCCGACAUCUUCCGCAAGUGGCCUCAUACCUCGGGAAUGCCUAAUCCAUCUACUAAAUAG